AUGACGGGUCGCAAAACGUCAACCAGGAUGGCCGAUAGUGGUGGACCCGGGACGAACGGGUCUGCGGGUGGUAUGCCGCCUACCCGUGGCCACACCGCCCCCGGGACGGGUGGACACCUUACCCACGGGCGUCCGGUACACCCGUCUGCAGCACCGCCGCCGCAUUCCAGCAUUCCCAAGCCGACGUCCAACACGAUCAUCGCCACCGCUCAGGUGUGCGGUCCGAGGAUUGUCAUCCUGCACCGCUAUAAUGGUGAUUUUGGCUUCACGCUGCGCCAUUUCAUCGUUUACCCACCGGAAAAUCUCACGGAUCCGACGAACAAUCCGUUGACUACUGCGGGCUUGUUGAACUUUUCGCAACCGAUGGACACGGUGUUCGUGAAGAAGGUGCACCAGAACACCCCGGCCCAUAUGGCCGGUCUGCAGGAGGGCGACCGGUUGCUGGCGGUGAACGGCGUACCGGUUACCUCCAUACCGUACUCGCAGGUUGUCGCCACCAUCCAGCAAACGCCGAAAACGCUCACCCUGCAGGUGGUGCCGAAAAAUUACGAUAUCUUACAAACGUUUUUUAGCGAAACCGCACACAACCCGGAAACGAACCAACGACCGCAACCGCAGCAACCGUACGCACCGAAACCGGUGGCGAUCGCGGCAGGUGCCUAUCCGAAGUCGAAACCGGGCCCACCGCAUCCGCUCACGGUGGAGGGUGUACAGGAGAAGCAGGAAUCGCUGUACAGCACGCUGCAGGAGAUCGUUGCGGAUAAUGUCGGUGCACCGCAGCCGGGACCGAAGAGUCUGGCGGUGCACGCCGAAGUGCCAAAGAUGCUGACCCAUCCAGCCGUACCGAUGGUGCAGCACAUGACGCAUCUGCAGAAGCCGAUGGUGCCGGCCACUCCGAAGCUGGUCUCGAUGCCGUACGAGCAGCAGCAGCACUAUCUGCACCUGCACCAGCAGCAGCAGCAGCAGCAGCAGCAGUUUCUGCAGAAGAUGUCCCUGCACGGCAAGGACGGUGGUGAGCUGGUACCGGUAACGGGCGAUGCGGGGUACGCGCCGCUUGGCGAAGGUGACAGCGCCAUCAUGUCCCGGCUGCGCAAAAGCCUCGAGCAGAAGGAAGAGUUUCUGCGUCGUCCAACCGCCACGAUGCAGGGCGCCCUGGUACCGAUGGGAACGGUUCAACCACCCACCAACGGUCUGCCACCCGCGCACGAUGUGCAGCAGCGCGAGUUUUACGCUCGUCCGAACCGGCUGCUGAAGUCCGUAUGGCCCCCGAGCCAGGCGCAACUUAACGCUUCCACAUCCGGUUCGGCGCUGGCCAGCUACGGGCUGCCAACCGAACCGAACAAACCGACCGGUGGUCUAGCGUCACCGCCGACCAGUUCGCUCGCCGGCACCGGCCCUACAACGAACGUGUCCCCAACCACACCGUCGCCGUCGCAAACGGGUGCCACCAGCACCAUCACGAAACCGAUGGUCAGCUCCACCAACAUGCUGCGGGAGCAUGCGUCCCAGCUGUCCGCUAUACGGGAGCAUUUCUUCACCAGCGGCAUCGGUGGUUCGCUUCAGCUGCCACCCAAGUCGGCGCCACCAUCGCUUGCGAUUGCACCGGCCGCCAUCACGACGACCGCGGGACCAUCCUCACCGACCGGGGCGGCUACGGUACCGCUGUCCUCGCACAGCAUGCAUGCCGUCUCGGAGAAGGCGAAGUUGUUCGAAUCGGGCCGGCCACUGUCGCCGGAAGGCAUCGAUCGGAUGGAUCUGUACAAGAGUGAACUGAGCCGCAUAAACACGAAACAGGUCGUGCCGAAUGUGGCCGUGCGCAGGAAAGAAUUUGAACUGAAGGCCGAAAGUACUGGUUGGCGAAAAUCGAUCGAGGAUAAACCCCGUUCGGUUAGCUCCGAUUCGGAGUCACGGCGAACGCCGGUACGUCUGCGGUCACUCUCGGUGGAGUCCAACGCUACGCGCGAUUCGCGACAUUCGCUCGCGAGCUCGUCGCUGCUAACGACCGACUCGUUCGAUGCUGUCGACAAGGAUAAGGACCCGGUGCCGCCGGUUGCCAUGAUGCGCCAGAAGCCGAUCCGGGACGAUUCGUACCGCAGCGCUGUCCGCAACUCGACAGCAUUCUGGUUGCAAGGACCGCUACCAUCGACAUCGGGAUCGGUAUCGGCGCACGGUACGCCAACGCUAGCAGGCAGCUCGUCCACCAACUCGAUCGGUUCGCUGAUGUCGGACAGUGAUACCGCGUGUACGGUACGCCCGAUACCGCCCGUCCGUACGUAUGCUGCCGCACACCGACUCCACCAUCCACUGUCCCCGGCAGAUACCGAGCAGAUGCGCAUGAAGUUGUUGCACCGCAACCAGACGAUUGUUGACCUGCGUCACUUCCUCGAUGGCGAAAGCGAUGUUGAUGGUGCGGUCGGUGGCGAUAUUGAUAUGUUGCACCGUCCCCCGCUUACCUCGCCACCGCUUGCACCGCUCUCGCCGCUCACGGUAGCGUCAUCCGUCACGUCCACCUCGUCCGUACCGCUCACGCAUCUCGCUACGCUCGAGCAUCUCGCGGCACAUGGCAGCGGUGGGCCAUCCGCAACCGGAACGACAGCACCACCAUCAACACCAACAUCGUCAAUCACCUUUCGGCAUGGGACCGGCCCGAUCCGUCCCACCACGCUCAACCUUUGCACAGAUGGUUCCGUACCGGCGGUGGUGAUGCGCCAGAAGCAACCGCACCAUCCGCUGCUGCUGGAGGACGAUGAGCGGAAGAUGCGACGGAUCUCGUACCUGCGGGCGACCGCACACGACAAUCUCUUCCAGAUGCUGGAGAGCGAUGCGGACAGUAGCCCGAUGUCGCUGCCACCGGCCGACACACCGGACACCGACGCAACGGAACCACCGGCGAUCGAAUCGCCCAGCCUGCCGUCGGCGGUUUCGCACGGUGGAACCGAAGGUUCGGCCCUAUCGGCCGGCAAGAUGCAACCGCAGCAGCUCAAGAGUGCCUAUCGUCCAUGGCGAAGGCCUCGUCUUACCACCAACAUUCAGCCGCUGCGUCGUCUUUUCGAUCCGGUGUCAUCCGAUUCGACCGCAUCGUCACCACUUCCACCCAUCCUCGAAACCGAACAUACGCCCGGCUCCACCGAACCCGGCUCCAAAAAGCGUUCGCGACCCCGCCCCAUCCCCCGACCGCACGACCACCACGACGAACGGGACGUAGACGCGGACGUCGACGACGACGAUGACGACGACGACGACGACGAUGUCGACGAGACCCGCGGUCCACGGCCACCACGGUCCACGGUCGGCAAGGGCCGCUCGGCUUCGCUCGUUACGACCACGCCGCUCGGUGGUGGAACCGGUGGGCGGCUGCUCGGGGCGGCGGGCAGCCUUGGUAAUCUGCACGUCAUCACCACGACCACUGCGGGCGGUGUCGUCACACGCAACUACUUCUUCGCCCAGAGCCAUGGCACCAAAUCGAAAGCACUGGCACACUUCCGGGACGGGGCGGCCGAUACGACCGAGCCGCUGGUACGCGAGGGCGAACUGCACGUAAAGGUGACGCUGAUCGACGGUAAGCGGUCGGCGGACCGUAGCUGGCGCACCAUCCAUGCCGAGCUGCGCGGUCACCAUCUGAAGCUGUCGCUGGUGCGCGAAGGAAAGAACUCGAACCAGAGCCCGGAACCGUGCGGCACGAUUGAUCUGACGAACUUCCACGUCACCGAGGGGAACUACACGAAGCGCAAGAACGUGUUCAAGCUGACGACGGCCGUUGGUUCGUACUGUCCGCUGGAGGCGGCUGCCGUGGCCGGGUUCGGCCAUGUGGAGGUGCACCGCACACAGUCCGCAUCCGGGUUGGCCAACGUUGGCGGUGCGGGCAGCACUUGCGGGUCAUCCAUUCGCAGCGCGUCCACAGUCGGAUUGCCCGGGUCGGAGCGUGAACUGCUGCUGCAGGCUGACAGUCACAGUGACAUGCAGCAGUGGAUGGAGUCGUUGCGGCUUGUUUGCGGUGGAGGCAGCAGCAACCAGCUGCACAGUCCGGAUUGUCUUAGCGGACGUGGAGGACAGCAGGCGGAACCGCAACGUGUAGCCGCACAAACAAGCGUGCAGGUGCAUGCGGGCAGUGUGAGCGGUGGUGGUAACAGCGGGGACGACUACUCCCCGGUGCUGCCGGCUAAAUCACACCGGAAGUAUGCGCUCGGUUCUCGCUCACCGUCCGGUCAGUCGCCGGUCACGAAAAGCCGGAAGACGCCGCAAACCGGAUGCAGCUCACCGACCGGCAGCGCGGACCAAGCGAUCGUGCCCAUCUCGGCCACCACCAAUCAACCGACCGGUCAGUACCAUCAACCGCACCAUCAACCACACCAUCUGACGCUGCAGCAGCAGCAACAGCAGCAGUUUGCCGGCACAAAGGAUAGCUCCGAUCGCGAGAGUGGCUCACCGAAGUCGAAAACCUGGAAGGGUAUUGUGGCGCGUCAGUUCCGCAAGAUGCAGGGCCAACCGCCCGGUUCGCCGGGUGCAUCGGCUGCGGGUGGAUCCGACCUGAUGGCUCUCCCCGACGGGGCCUCAAUCAAUGUGCCACUGCAGCAGUGCCCGGUGUCGGAGGAAAAUCCCUUCGUGCCGCUCGUGCUGGCCAAGUGUACCGGUAUCGUCGAGUCGAAGGGACUGGGCGUGGUCGGUAUCUAUCGCAUCCCGGGCAACACGGCCGCCAUCACGCAGCUAACCGAAACGAUCAACCGCGGGCUGGACGAGGCCGCCCUGCGUGACCCACGCUGGGAGGAUGUGAAUGUUGUCUCCUCGCUGCUGAAAUCAUUCAUCCGCAAUCUGCCGGAACCGCUGCUACCGAACGAGCUGUACGGUGGGUUCAUUGCCGCGGACAAGAUGACCGGCCAGCGCCGGCUGCUCGAGCUGCGCCAGCUGCUUCGACGCGUACCGCCGAUGAACUACGAAACGCUGAAGCAUCUCAUGCGGCAUCUGCACCGCGUCAGCACGCACAACGAGGUGAACCUGAUGGAUCCCCGGAAUCUGGCAAUCGUUUUCGGCCCAUCCGUUGUCCGUUCCGCGAACGAAUCGCUCGAAACGGCGGUCAAGGAUAUGCGCCACCAGUGCCAAAUCGUCGAAGUGCUUAUCAACUACUAUCAAUACUUCUUCGAGGACGGACUGUUGCCGAGUGUGGACGAGAGCAAGAACGGCACCGGUACCGUCCUCGACACCGGCCUGGAGGUACCAUCGACCUCACUGCUGCUGGACAACGUUGCCAAAAUCGAGCCGUUUAAAGAGCAGUCAAAGGAGAGUACAUCCGGCUUUGUGGCCAACAUUGUACAGGCAGCUAAUCGAAAGAUUCGCCGUACGGCACAGCGCAAGAGCACCAUGUCGUCGACCACUCCCGAUACGCUCUCGCUCGACAGCACCACGUCGGCGGAAUCCAAGGAGCAGUCGUCACGCGUCAUCCGGCGCUAUCUGGAACUGGGCCCGAAGGCCGGCACACCGAUGAGUGUUGGGGCGGGAUCGGGCGGCUCGGAGCGUGCCCUGCAGGUCGUGCAUGACACUGCCGGGCCGGUUGCGAUCCGUGGCCCGCGCUCGGUUGGCAGUGCCGGGCCCGGGUGUGAACCGCCAACUGACGACAGUCUGUUGCAGCUGCACCACCACCAUCACCAUCAUCAUCACUACUACCACAGCAGCAGCAGCCGGCACCACAGCAGCCAGAGCAAUGACGACGGGUCAUCAGUAUUAAAUCGCUCAUCCGAGGACGACUCGAACGACAGUGCCUUCGCCGACAACGGUUCCAUGUCGCUGAAGACGGUGACGAUCGCGCUGGAUAAUAAGCUGCGCUCGUUGCGCGACUCCUCGAUCGAUUCCGACCGGGACCAGACGCAGGAGAGUGACGGUGAUCUGAGCGGUGGUGGGUACGGUAAUGGGCGGCACUCGCUGCAUCAGCAGUGGAGUCACAUGGGCCGUUCGCCACGCCCGCUCACGCUCGGCGAGAACAUCCCGUACGCGGACGAGUCACCGGAGCGGCCGCUGAUACAGGGGCGCUCGAAGCCGCAGCGUUCGCUGACGAUCGCGUCGAACAACAAUAACAACAACCAGGAGGAUACUGUGCCGGGAGCGGUUGUGACACCCGGCAAGCAGCAGCUGAAGAAGGCACUGACGGCCCAUUCGCAGAAGUCGAUCGACAGCGGUGGUACGGUGAACUCCAGCACGAACAACAGCUGCCUGACGCUUGUGAACGAGACGGAUGCAACGCUCGACGUUGGUGGUGGGGGUGGUGGUUGCACCGGCGAUGGGACCGGGGAGGAACACGAAGGGGAGGAGCAACCGGUAGCAGCCAAGGGUCGCAAUGUAUCGCUCAGCUCGGACGAAACCGACACCUCGACAACGAGCAAUCCGCGCGAGAAGCUAACAGCCGCCACGUAUCGCAUCGAUACGGAGAAGCUGAAGAAGAUGAACCGCAUCCUGACGCAGCUGGAACGCAAAGCGAACAACCUCGAGCGUAAGUUCAACCUGAACCGGUCGCUCUCGCUGAACUACAAAUCGCCCAAGGCGGUGGAUUGCUGCUGCACACAUCACGGCCUACCCGGGACGCAUUCGUCCCAGGCCCCGUUAGCACACUGCUGCCAGCAUCAGCAGCAGCAGCAGCAGCAACAGCAGCAGCAGCACAUCAGCAACAACCUCAACAACAACAACAGCGCGAGCUGCCACAACCACAACGGUGGCACCAUCGUUAGUCUGCGCUCGCGCCUCUCCCUCACCAAGGACGAAAAGACGGACAAGAACAUUAACCGGCGGCGCCAGAUACACGACACGUCGGCGACGGUCACCGCACCGGGCGGUACCACCACGGGACCGGCCACGUCCGGUGGCUGUGCCGCCACCGGCAACGGUAAUGCGAGCGGCAGCAACGAUAGCAGCAGCUGCGGCGAACCGGCCGGUCCGCAGAUUAUACUCACACCGGCACCGGUCGCACCGAAUGCGUCCACGCGCCAGCGGCGCCACGUCGGGAGCCGUUCGAUCCGGCGGCGCCACACGGUCGGCGGGACGCACGAUUACUAUUCGAACAAGAUGAACGGCCAGCACCAUCACCACCAUCACCAUCAUCAUCCGCAUCAUCAGCCGCACCAUCACCAUCAUGUCGGGCCCGGUUGCUGUCCGGUGCCGCAGAACUGA